AUGCUGGAACACAGACCCUUAUUGUGUUGUCGAAGUGCCGGGAUCCCAAAGUCGGUUCCAGACAAAAACUUUGCAGUGCACCGUGCAUACCGUUUGGGAAGAGACAGGAACAUUGAUUGUCGCCCGAAAUGGGGUGGUCACAGUCACCAUCUACGAUUUCCAGAGCGGUCUGGAGGAUGA